GGCCACGUCCGUCUCAUCGACAUGGGCCUCGCCGCGCGCGUGACGGAGCGGCAGCCGAACCGCUCCUCGCGCGUCGGCACGGACUGCUAUAUGGCGCCCGAGGUGCGCUGGGCGCGCCGGCGGCGCACGGCGUACGGCCGAUCGGCCGACUGGUACACGAUCGGCGUCCUCACGUACGAGUUCACGCACGGCAACCUGCCUUUCUCGGCGCGCGAUACGGACUCGCCCGUCUACCGCGGCGGCACCUGGCCGUCCGAGGCGUGCAAACACUUCUCCGAGCGGCUGCUCGACCAGGACCACACCUCGCGGCUGGGGUCUGGAAAGACUGGCCUCGAGGACGUCAAGUCGCACGCCUACUUUGCGGGCGUCGACUGGGACAUCGUGUCCGCGUGCAAGGUGAUGUCGCCCAUGAAGGGCGUCAAGGGCGCGCCGAAGCGGAAGAAGGACAAGGAGACGCAGGCGCAGCGCACCGCCGGCGACAUCGCCGAGGCGGACAAGGCGGAGGUGGACCCGCUCCACCUGCACGAGUACAACAUCGGCACGUGGAACUUUGUGUCGCCGACGGCCAUCACCGAGGAGUACAUGGAGUCGGUCUACCAGUGCGUCUCCGCAAUCUAG